AAUCUGGGCCCAUCAUGGCUGAAAUGGGUGCACAUAUGUACUGAGAUUGUUACAAGACAUUACUGGAUCUACUAUGGAUUAACUCGUAUAGGAUAUAUGUCCAUGUCUUUGGCCAACAACAGUCCUACCUUUAUGCUCACGAUGUCACCCUACAUGGCCCGCUCAUCUUUUCAGAUCAGGCAAAAGUCGUUCAUACCUAGACAAGAGUGGGGUUACAGCGGGGAACACCUCUUGACUUAAAAACUCCCCCGCUUAUGACGUCGGAACUCGGUAUCUAACUGCUUCUACAAUUACAUGCGCUCUCCUCAUCAGUCCCCACCAUCAUCUCUUCAGACCAUCUUCAGAAGAUUCAAUAAUAUUAAUUGAAACUAUGACUGAACCAAAGACAAUCCGUUGGGGCAUCCUUGCCACCGGAGGAAUCGCCCUCACCUUCACCAGGGACCUCCUGGCUGAUCCCACUACACGUGGCGUCAAGCAUCUCAAGCACACAGUCGUGGCAGCGGCUUCAUCCUCGUCUAAAUCACGCGCUGAAGAUUUCCUGAAGGAAGUAAAAGCCCCUUCAGACGCAAAGGCAUAUGGUUCCUACGAGGAGCUUGUUAAAGAUUCCAACAUCGACAUCGUAUACGUUGCAACACCACACUCGCAUCACUACCAGAAUGCAAUGCUCUGCUUAGAGGCUGGCAAGAAUGUGCUCUGCGAAAAGGCGUUUACCGUCAAUGCUGCUCAAGCACGUAAGUUGGCUGAAAAGGCCAAGGAAAAGAACCUAUUCCUCAUGGAGGCUGUAUGGACGCGCUAUUUCCCACUCUCAAUCUACGUGCGUGAGCAAAUCACAUCAGGGCGCAUUGGUCCUGUUGCACGCGUCCUCUCCGACAACAGCAUGGCUCUCGAUCCUGAGGAGUCGUUCCCUGACGGCAAACACCGCAUGGUGAACCCAGAUCUUGCUGGAGGAGCUUUGCUCGAUCUUGGAAUCUAUGCUUUGACUUGGGUCUUCCAAACGUUGUACCAUACACAGCCAGAAGACUCCAGGCAACCACCCAAGCUGCUCGCCUAUGUCAAGAAUUACGAGGCUACGGGCAAAGCUGAUGAGCACUCCACGAUAAUACUGAGCUUCCCACGCUCAAAGGAAGCAGGUGGUGAGGCCCACGCUGUAGCUACGACAUCGCUUCGCGUUGCUACCUCACCAGGAGACAACAUGGAUGUACCAUGCGUCCGUGUACAAGGACCCAAGGGAGAAAUCCAAGUUUUCCCCCACUCUUUCCGUCCCCUGAAGACCAAACUCAUCUUGAGCGAUGGCACUGUUGAGGAGAAGGAUUGGCCAAUUCCUGGACCUGGAAAGGGUAGCGACUGGUACAAUGGUUUCGGCGGACAAUUCAACGCCGAGGGCGAAGGGCAUGGUAUGUUUUGGGAAGCCGACGAGGCUGGUAGCGCUUUGUUGGAGGGUAGGAAAGAGGGCAAAUACUUGGGUCUUGAAGAAAGUAUCCUCAUCAUGGAGGUUAUGGAUGAAGUGAGGAAGCAGGGUGGUCUUGUCUACCCUGACAAGAUUGAGACUACUGACUACCCGACAAAGCUAUGAAGAUAUGGACGUAGCAGCUUGUAUUUAGCCACGAAGACAAGAUGAGACUCAUACAACAUAAUAACGUUCCACGCUUG